UUCCAAUCAGGAACAGCAAUUCAGCAAAUCAGCUGAGAAAUAGCAUCGCAUACAAAAUAACAUCGAACGCAGCGCCUACUGUCAAACUGACAUUGACAUGUUUGUUUGCAGACUGUUGUUGAAUAACACGAUACACCAUGCUGAAGUGGCUCAACUUUACCCGCACCUUAGUGCCCCUGGUGCCGCGACCGAUCCACACCGUCCGAUGGUAUUCCGAAGCGGGUUCAUCUACCACCCAACCAGCCGUCGAACAGCCUGUUCCCGUCGGUGUGCCGGAUAAAUUGUACAGCCGGGUAGAGCUACAGAUGAAAGGCAUCGACCCGGAAGUGAUGAAAAGUUAUGCAUUGUACGCUAAAACAGCAGCAGAACAUUUGAACAUAGAAGUUGGUAAACACUGGGUACUACGGAAAGCGGUAAAGGAUCGUUUGACGCUACUGAAAUCGGUGCACAUCUACAAGAAACAUCGAGUGCAGUACGAGGUUCGAAACUACUAUCGAUUUAUGCACUUUCACAAGCUUACCGGAUCGACGCUCGACACGUUCCUGGAGUACAUUGAACGCAACCUGCCGGAGGGAAUUGCGUUGAAAGUGACGAAAGUGGAGCUACAGCAACUGCCAGAACAUUUACGGAAGUAACAGAAUGGUUGAAAAUUAGUUAUUAAAGCUGUGCAUUGCCUAGUAAGACAAAUUGUUUUUUAUUUGGUAAAAUUCGAACGAGUCGAACGAUGCUGAAAACAUCGCAUUGUUGUGGGAUAUUUUUCGCUCCGCUGCAAGGCAAUUAUAGCAAACUAGAAGUUGCUAUGGAAAUGUCAAAAAUUUUCAAUGAACGCUUCAAUCGAUGCAGCUUUUGUUUGUUUGUUAUCCGGCAUUGAACCACCAGCCGCAGAUAUCACAAAAAAGCCAAUUAAAACUCGAAAAUCAUGGUUCGUCCCGGGCUAAUGCGUGGCGGUGGCCGUGGUGGAAUGGGAAUGGGUAUGCGUGGUCGUGGUGCACCGUACAUGAACAAGAAAACCUUCCUGCCCCGCCAUCCCUUCGACCUAACGCUCGCGGAAAUGGCUUUCCCCCGAGUGCAUCCCGCUCCAGACGAUUCAGCACUGACCAAUGCACUUUUGAAGCGAAGCCAAGAUCUCACCCCAACCGCGGCAGAGCAAACCGCAAUCUCGAACCUCGUCGCCAAGGUCCAAGGUGUGCUGGACAAUAUCGUGAUUGCGCCCGGUGACUUUACCAAGUGCCAGCUGGAAGAGGUACGCCAAGUAGGAUCGUACAAGAAGGGCACGAUGAUGGCUGGCAAUAAUGUUGCCGAUAUCGUAAUCAUCUUAAAAUCGCUCCCUACAAAGGACUGCGCCGAAGCACUCGGCAAAAAAGUGGAGGAAGAUCUGCAAAAGUCAAUGAAAACGGAAGUCGUUCCGAAAGCGGAAGCUCUAUCACUGACCUACAGUGAGAAGGGGUUCGAAAUAAUGAACUCGCUUGCCAAGGUACGCUGUCUGAUCGCAACGCUGCCGCAAAACAUGCGCAAACUAGAGACGGAGAAGCAUCUCGAUUUCAAAAUCAUCCAAAGCCACCUGGCCGCCAUCCGACACACGCGCUGGUUCGAGGAAAAUGCACACCAUUCUACGAUAAAGGUGCUUAUACGCAUCCUGAAGGAUCUGGCCCGUCGUUUCGAUGGGUUUAAGCCGUUAAAUCCAUGGAUUUGCGAUCUGCUCGCACAUUCCGUCAUCAUGAACAAUCCGAGCCGACAGGCACUGCCCGUGAACGUUGCGUUUCGGCGCGUGUUUCAGCUGCUCGCUUCUGGGCUGUUCGUGCCCGGAUCGGCUGGUAUUACGGAUCCGUGCGAAGUGGGUCACUUCCGGGUGCACACGUCGAUGACGUUGGUCCAGCAGGACGAAUGUUGCAUGACGGCACAGACGCUGGUGCGUGUGUUAGCCCACGGUGGAUACAAGCACAUCCUCGGCUUUGUAGAGAAUACGACCGUUGCGAAGGAAAUGUCCGUGUGGGAUGGGGUCGUAGUUUCACCGCUGGAACCGGCGUACGAAAAGCCAUCGGAAAAGAAGGACGGCGAAGAGGACGACAUGGAGUGUGUCGAGGGCGAAACCAUCAACGAAGAGCCGACGGAGUGAGUGAACUCCCAAUGGCCUUUGGUGAAUGGCAUUUAACAUUAUCGGGUUACACUUGGGAUUUUUAAUUAUAUGACUUUAGCAUAGACGUUACAUAAACUCACAUAACGAUGUAAUUUAACAAAAUGCAAUAGCUGCACGUAUGCUAUCUACUCCCUUGCAAGAUUUACUCACUAGAAUGAAAUAAAAGAAACUACUUGAAUUUA